UUCAUUUUUGAGCGCCAUUUUUAACUUCAAAACAAACAAAAAUGCCUCCGAGAAAGAAGAUAAGAGAAAGUCCAAAGCAAAAAUCGACGCCAAUGGAAGUCGAUAAAGAUCCCGAAGAAGAAACAAAUGCUGAGCAAGCUCAGGUUUCCGUAGCAAGCCGCGGUUUUCAUCCAGAAGACUAUGGUGAAAUAGAAGUCCCUCCUGCACCAGAAACUGUUGCCUCAUAUGAUAUCAAUGGACCAAGGCUGAUGAUAUCUAAGAUUGUCAAUGAAAAUUUCAAGUCCUACGCAGGUGUCAGGGCUCUUGGUCCCUUUCAUAAGAGUUUUACGUCAAUCGUUGGUCCAAAUGGUAGCGGGAAGUCUAACGUAAUAGACUCAAUGUUGUUUGUGUUUGGAUAUCGUGCAGCUAAAGUGCGACUGAAGAAACUCAGCGGUCUUAUACACAACAGUGAGAAUCAUCUAGACAUAGGAAGCUGUACAGUAACUGUCUACUUCCAGAAAAUUGUUGAUACUGGGGCAGGUGAGAAUGAUUACACUGUUGUACCAAACUCCGAGUUCAAUGUAUCACGUACAGCAUUCAAGGAUAAUUCCUCGGUAUACAGUAUCAAUGGGAAGAGAUCUACAUACAAGGAUGUUGGAAUUCUGUUACGAGGCAGCGGUAUUGAUCUCGAUCAUAACAGAUUCUUGAUCUUACAGGGUGAGGUGGAACAGAUUGCUAUGAUGAAGCCUAAAGGACAGACAGAACAUGACGACGGCAUGUUGGAGUUCCUGGAAGACAUCAUUGGUAGUAACAGAUUCAAGGAACCUAUCGAAAUACUUGCUAAACGUGUCGAGACUCUCAAUGAGUUGAGAGGUGAGAAGAUGAACAGAGUGAAAGCUGUAGAAAAGGACAAAGAUGAACUUGAAGAAGCAAAGAAUGAAGCUGUGGAGUUUCUUACCCUGGAAAACAACAUUGUCAAACUGAAAAAUAAACUCUACCAAAAAUACAUUUCAUCAUGUAUGAAGAAUGAGGAGAAAGCCAAGGUGGAGUUUGACAGGGUGAACACGGGUAUGGAAGAGUUUAAUAAAAAGAUGAAGGAAAUUACCGAUGAGAGACAAGAAAAGGCAAAGAAACAGAAAAAAAUUCUUAAAGCAUUUGAUGAUUUAACAAAGAAAUGUGAGGAAAACAAAGAGAAAUUUUCUGAAUUUGAGAAAGCAGACGUGAAACUAAGAGAGGAUUUGAAACAUGCCAAAGCCAAAGGAAAGAAACUGGAGAAAAGUACAGAACAGGAAAAGAAAAAGAUAGAAGAGCUUAAAGAAGUACCAGAACAAGCACAGAAGUCUAUAGAUGACUUGAACAAGAAACAGGAGAGAUUGGAGAAGGAGAAACAGAAAGAGGAAGUGAAACUGAAGGAAGUGAUGGACAGUCUGAAGACAGAAACACAGGGUCUCCAAGCAGAAAAAGACAAGAAGGAGGAGAAGUUGUUGGGACUACAGAAAAAUGUUAAUGAAACAAAAUCAAAAUUGGAAGUAUCCCAGUCAGAACUCGACUUGUAUCUUAGCAACCAGACACAGGAAACCAACAAGCUGAAGGAGAUGACACGCAAACUUGAAAAAGUUAAAGAAAAUCUUGAAGAAAAAACAAAGUCAGUUACAGAAAUGGAGAGAAAACUUCCAGACUAUGAGAAUGCAGUGGAGAAAUCACAGACAGAUCUACAAAACACAUCUAAACGUGAGGCUGAGAUAGCAGAAGAGAUACGUGGAGUGCGACGGAAGGUAGAAGAAGCUCGGAGUGCUCUGGAAGCCAAUAAAAGUCGAGGAAAAGUCAUUGAUUUUGUGAUGAACUUGAAAAACGCUGGCACAUUGCCAGGAGUUCAUGGUAGACUGGGUGAUCUGGGAGGUAUUGAUGAAAAGUUUGAUGUUGCCAUAUCAACAGCUUGUGGUGCCCUGGACAACAUUGUAGUGGACACUAUAGAAACUGCACAGAAAUGUGUGGAAUUCUUAAAGAAGAAUAAUAUUGGUAGUGCAACUUUCAUUGGUCUAGAUAAAAUGGCUCGGUGGAAAGAUCAUGCCUCAAGGAAGAUAAACACCCCAGAAAAGGUACAUCGUUUGUUUGAUCUUGUUCAAGUUAAAGAUCCAGCAAUAAAACCAGCAUUUUAUUUUGCUCUGCGAGACACCCUGGUUGCUGAUAACCUUGAUCAAGCUACAAGAAUAGCAUAUGGUGCUCAAAGAUUCCGUGUAGUUACCCUGCAAGGCCAGCUGAUUGAUACAUCAGGUACAAUGUCUGGUGGUGGUAAGAGUGUAUGUAAGGGCAGGAUGGGAUCAAGUUUUGUCUCCGAUGUUGACACAAAAGAUCUUGCUAACAAUGAAACCAAACUAAAAAAGUUGUCAGAUGAGGGUCAGCAAUGUCGAGCCAAUAAAGAAAGACUGGAAGAUUUUAUAAAGCAGCAGAAGAAGGAUAUUACACAUGUGAAACAUUCCCUACAGAAGUCAGGAAUCGAGAUCAAGGCAUUAACAGAGCAAGUAAAGACUCUGGAGACACAGAUUGAGGAGCAGAAAGAGAAAGUGAAAGCUGCAGCUCCAGAUGAGAAACAACUAAAACAACUGGAGAAGAUGGUCACAGAAUAUCGUAAAGAUUAUCAGAAGGUGGCAGAUGUUGCUAACAAGCUAGAGGCAGAAGUGCAGGAGUUACAUAAUCAGAUCAUGGAUAUAGGAGGGUCAAAGAUGAAUGCUGCACAGUCCAGAGUGAAUGCCAUACAGUCUCAGAUUGACCAGGUUGUUGGACAGAUCACCAAGGCCAGUGUCGGAGUCAAAACAUCUGAAAGAAACUUGAAGAAAGCUGAAGACAAGCUGGCCAGUUUGUAUGAGGAAAUAGAAGAGAACAAACAAGAUGUGAAGAAUCUGGAGGCAAAGCUUGGAGAACUGGAGGAAGAGGCAACUAAAGUUAUGGAGGCUUAUCAGGAGUCACAGGAUACAAUGAAGGCAGCAGAAACAGCUCUGAAUGAUGUCAAUAAGGAACUAGCUAAGUUGGAAGAAGAAGAAAACAAGAUACAGAAAGAUGUUGUUGAUGUGAAAAAUGAACUGGAGAAAUUCCAGAAUAUCAUGAAAGAAAAUCAGGGAAAAGUCAAACAUUGGAAGAAAGAGUUGUCACACCUGGCUCUGACACCUAUAGAUAGACAGGAGGCGGAGGAGUUACAGACAAUACCAGCUGAAGAAAUUGAGGAGAUCAAUAAAGAAGAUACACAGUAUGAGAUCACUGUACUCGAGGAAAAAAUUGCACAGAUGAAACCCAACAUGGCUGCUAUUGCAGAAUACAGGAAAAAGGAAGAGCUUUACCUUCAACGUGUGGCAGAGCUAGAUCAGAUCACUGAUUUCCGUGACAAGCAGCGAAAGUACCAUGAAGAUCUGCGUAAACAGAGGCUUGACGAGUUCAUGUCGGGUUUCAGUGUUAUAACAUACAAACUGAAGGAAAUGUAUCAGAUGAUUACACUGGGCGGGGACGCCGAGCUGGAACUUGUAGAUUCUCUGGAUCCUUUCUCAGAAGGAAUUGUAUUCAGUGUCCGUCCACCGAAGAAGUCCUGGAAGAAUAUAUCUAACCUUUCUGGAGGGGAGAAGACCCUCAGUUCCCUGGCAUUGGUGUUUGCCCUCCAUCAUUUUAAACCUACACCUCUGUAUGUGAUGGACGAGAUUGAUGCUGCCCUGGAUUUCAAGAACGUCUCUAUUGUAGCUAACUAUAUAAAGGAGAGGACCAAGAAUGCUCAAUUCAUCAUUAUAUCUCUACGUAACAACAUGUUUGAGCUGGCUGAUAGGCUUGUAGGAAUCUAUAAGACAGACAAUUGUACAAAAUCUGUGACAAUUAACCCCAACAAAUUGACAAUACCACUGCAAGAAGUAGAUCCUAAUGCUGCAUAGAGGAUGAAAUAUUUGAAAUGUUCUAAAUAUUUACUGUAUUUUUGUACUUGCACAUAUGCACAAAGUAACCAGUGAAAUUCUAAUUAAGACAGUUGUGGGAAACAAAAUUGAUAAAAUGCUUAAGAAAGUGGAGGUACUGAAGGUACACUGGACAGUACAAGUUCUGCUUAGUAUAUUGCCAGGAACAUAGUUGCUCCUAUGUUCAUUUACUAUUGAUGCAUGUAAAAGUGCUGUGUAUACAGUUGUGCAAGUUGUUAGAUCACUUACAGCAGGUUAUUAGUGCAUGGUAGAUCAACUAUUGUAAAUUAAUUUUUAUGUUAUAUAUAUAUUUUUCAUUAUAUAUGUUUUUGUAACUUUGUUGGUCUUCUCCCUAAAAUUCUGUCUGCCUCUCAUCUACUGAUUAACUACUCACACAGUGGUUAUAAAACUUGAGUUUUGAGACCAGCCUCAGAAUGGAACUCUGCCAUUGGUCAGUUUGAAGAUUAAGUCUAGAGCCAACCAGUCAGAUAUAGAGCUCUGAGACUGGUCUCUAAACUGCCUUCUGUCCUCCUUGAGCAUUUUUUGUUUUCUAUUUCACCAGUGUUUGUCAUUCAGAUGUACAGAAUUACCACAUUGUGUUCAUUAUAUUUAAUCAUAACUAUGUCUUUAUAUCACUAAAUUGUAUUCAUGACUAUUAAAAUUUACCAGGAUAUACUUAUAGGUUACAGAAAAUUUCAAAUUAGUGAUGUUUUCUAAAUUAUCUUUUGCUAAAACCAUAAUUAUCUGUUAGACUCGAAAACACUGUUUUUCCUGAUAAAUAACUUAAUUAAUAUAUGGGGAAAACACCAUUAAACUAUUUCUUUCAUUAUCUCAGAUUUUACUGAAAUUAAUCUGAACAUAUGAUAAUAAGACUAGCCUAAAGAUGUUUGUUUUAUUCUAUUGACAGUCAUUUUAUCUCACCUGUAACCAGAAGAUCAAAAACACAGAUAAACUGAUGAAAUGUUGAUAAAUUAAUGCUAA